AUGGGUAGAAUUAUAAUAAGACCCAAGCAUUCAGCAUCAACUAUCGGAGGGUAUGAUAUUGACUUUCCGAUAGAACUUAAUGGUAUAUUAACAUUAAAAGAAUGGGAUAUGUUAAUUACCAUUAUAAAUCAAAACAUGAUUAGAAACCACAUAUCAAUUUGGUUUAUUGCCCCACUCUUUAUUUUAAUUGGUCUUAUAGUUUUUUUUAUUAUGGCUAUUGUCGGAAUUGUUCGUUGGGAAAUGUUUAAAUCAAAAGCAGAAGAUGAUUUAAAAAAAGUUCUUUCAUCUCUUAAUUCUCAAUUGUGUGUUAAAGGUGUAUCAAUAACUUAUCAUAGAUCUCAAGCAUGUUUUACCUUAGAAAUUUCAUAUCCAGAUUAUUUAAGCAAACCAAUUAAUAUUGCAAACACUUUUAAUGCCUCAGGAUUCCUUUCAGUUUUAUUAGAUACCUAUUCAGGUUCAAUUCCAUUAGUAAAUCCAGAUGUACAUAAACAAUCGUACCACCCAACAGAUCCAAGAUUAAGAAGUCUAUUAAUUUCUUCAGAAGUAACCCCUCUAAAUUAUCCAGGCUGGAAAGGUUUCUGCAACAAAAGUUUUCCAUUUGCUUUAUACAAUUAUUUAACACCACAAGAAUAUAAAGCAGUUCUUGAUGAUUACAAUGCCGUUUUAGUCAGUACAAGUAAUAGCAAAAGUUGGAAUUUUUUCAUUGCUUCUUGUUUCCUUUGUUUGAUUUUGGUCGGAGUUCUUUUAAUUAUACCAGCAAGUAUCUGGCUAAGAGUUUCAAGAGCUAAAUAUAGAAGAGAGUUUGAUACAAAAUUAAAUAGAUUAAAUUUUAAGUAUAACCAAAUGUAUUCAAAUAGAGGUAUCUCAUUCAAUUUUUAUUCAACAAGAUUUGAUCUCCCAAGAGGUUAUCUUAACAUUUUUGCACCACUCGAUUGCGGCAAUGGACCAACUUUCUCAUUACUUUGUACAAAAAAGAAAGUAAUUUCAGCAACAGUACCAGGUGUUUUACAACCAAUGUAUAUUAAUAAUCCUCCAUUAGUUUCUAUUCCAAUUCAAACUUCGAUUCCACCAAACUCUGGUGUUCCAUUAUCAUCUAUCGAUAUUGAAAUUGAGGUUACUGCCACUGAAAAAACUCCACUAAUUAAAUAA